AUGUACGAGAACUCCUGUUCGUAUCAGACGGCGCUGGACCUGAAGCGAGUAUCGCCGCCGACUCUCGCCCAGGUGAAGACGGAGGAGUGCCUGACACUCGGACAGUGCUCGCCGGACUGGACCUCGUACCGCUUCCAUCAGUCCACCUUCGAGCAGCUGAAGCAGAGUGUGGAGAAGGCCAAGGCGGCGCUGCAGGAUCGCAGCAGUUUUUUCGGGGCCAGCAGUGCCUUCAGCGACAUUUAUUCGAGCCAGCGCCUGUCCGACUCCCUCGACACCCUGCCCGUGCAGUCCGGGAACGGAGCCGGCAAUUGCCUCGGCCUCCCACACAAUCCCAAUGUCGGAGUGGGCGUGGCCGGAGUGCUCAACUACAAUGCGGUUAGCAGCAGUACGGCCGGAGUGCUGGGCAGCAGUGGGAACAGUGUGCAGAGACACCGGUUGGACACACUGCAGCCGCCAUCCGGGUGCUCACCAGCCGUCACCCAGCACGGCGUCAUCACGUCCAGCGCCGGACAAGUCACGUCCGGAGCUCUGGAUGCGGUGAGUGCGGCUCCAGCACUUCCAUCGCUAACUGCGUCCAGCUCCUCGCAUGUGGAGCACAAAGUCAGGGCAGAUAAAUCCACGUUGGACUGCGCCACCACAUCCACGCAUGCGGCGGCGCCCUCGUCCUCUUCCUCCGCCAGCGACCAUCAGCAGGGCAGGAUCAGCGGCAGCAAGAGCACCAGCACCAGUGCCACCGGAGGGGGGGCAUCCGCAUCAGGAGGCGGCGGCUCUGCACUGUAUUCCUCGUACAAAUCGUCGUGGGGCUCCCACAGUUCGACACAAUCGCAAGGUUACAGCUCGAACGCCCUGGGCAUCAAACAUGAUCCGCACUCACAACUACGGCAACCUGAUCCAUAUCAAAUGUUCGGACCCACCAGCAGCAGACUGGCCAGUUCAGGCUCGGGCCAAAUCCAGCUGUGGCAGUUCCUGCUCGAGCUGCUCUCGGACUCCAACAACGCCAGCUGCAUCACCUGGGAGGGCACCAAUGGCGAGUUCAAGCUCACCGAUCCCGACGAGGUUGCUCGCCGCUGGGGCGAGAGGAAGUCCAAGCCCAACAUGAACUACGACAAGCUCAGUCGCGCCUUGAGGUACUACUACGACAAAAACAUAAUGACCAAGGUGCACGGCAAGCGGUAUGCGUACAAAUUCGAUUUCCAAGGCCUGGCAGCUGCCACUCAGCCGGCGGCCAGCGAUCCCACCUACAAGUACCAGAGCGACUUGUUCAUGACACCAUAUCACCACAGCGCCAAGCUCAGCUCGUUUAUGAGUCCGCAUCAUGGCAUGACCUCAUCCUCGGCCUCGAUCUUCCCGUCGGCCGCCUCGUGGGGCAACUGGGGCAGUCCGGCCACGAAUCUCUACCAGCCGCACUCGAUGAGCCACGUGACCCCCUCGCACGUAGCGCCCCACCUGAGCAGCUAUCCCCACUACGCAUGACCAUCAUCGUCCGGUG